AUGGAUGCUGUUGAAGACCGGGAUCUCAAGCUCCAGCGAGCUUCUGGUGACCUGGUGACAGAGUUUUCAGCCAAGUUGCCAUCGUUGUUGUGGAAGUUUGAGAACGGAACCCCUCUCCGUACCCCACGCAAAUGGGCACCAGUGUCCAAGACGGAGAAGCUCGUCGCGCUUCUUGAGCCGUUUCAAGAAUGGCCUCAACUCUUGGAUCCGCAUCUGCAGGUGCUUCUGCCUCCUUUAGUGGAUUCGUUUCUGGCAUAUUUGAUCCGACAUAGAAGUCAAUAUGGAUCCCAGGCGACUAAGACUUCUCAUAAAUCAGCUGUUUACCCUCUACCGAAGGCUAUUUGCAGGCUGCUUUACACUUUCUGCAAGGUUCGGGGAGUCAAGGUGAUCAGCAGGUUUCUCAACAAUGAGCCUAAGCACCUUGAUUCCAUGCUACGAGCUUUCGUGGACUGGGAUGCCGCAUCCAAUCCUUCUUUGACUGAAGACUCUGAAGAUACAGAGUCAUACAGUCUUCAAUGGGAAGAGCGCUAUGUGAUGCUUGUCUGGCUCUCCCAUCUCCUGCUUGCACCAUUUGACCUGUCUUCGUUAUCUUCAGAUGAUAUUCCUGUUCCAUUCGAUAAUUUACAGCAACUUGGAAACCUCGCUGAGAAUACUCCGAUGAUUGGAAAAUCUGUACUCUCCUUGGCGCUCCAUUACAUCAAUGUUCCCGGAAAAGAGCGCGAGGCAGCAACAGCUCUGCUGGCCAGACUUGUGCUACGCGGAGACAUGCAAGCCCUUGGUCUAUUGACUGGGCUGACUUACUGGGCUUUUUCGAUGAUGAAGCCAUUAGAAUCCAAUGAAGCACCAUCCGUCUACUCGUGUAUCGGAGUUCUCUCCUUUAUUGCACGCCUAGCUGGGUCAGGUCAAGUGGAAGACUUGGCUCCUCUACUGAAACCUGUAUUUGAACAGACCAUCAGUGUCUCACAGGGCACGUCAGCUGUGUCUUCUGUCUUCCAGUCCUCUGCUAUGGCUCGAAAAAUCGUGGUGAAAAUCCUUCGCAAUAUCACAGUCAUGGCGCUGUCUCUUAGUGAGAGGGGAGAUAGCAACAUGGAUGAUGAUCAACUUUCCAGUAUCCUAGAGGAAGCUAUCGACCACUUCCUGGUUUCCCUCGCAGAUAAAGACACUCCUGUUCGAUUUGCUUCAAGUAAAGCCCUGAGUGUGAUCACUUUGAAGUUGGAUCCAGACAUGGGCGCUGAGGUCAUUGAGGCAGUUAUCGGUUCACUCGGAGAGAAUAUUCUAUUUGAAAAGGAUGAUGGAAGUCUGAUGACGCCAUUUGAGGCUCGUGAUGCUGGUCUUCAUUCACUAAAACGCAACUUAAGUGGUGUUGAUGCGCAACGAUGGCAGGGUCUCAUGCUCACGUUGUCACAUUUAUUAUUCCGUCGCGCACCUCCAAUCAGUCAGCUUCCUGAUAUCCUGCAAUCCCUUGUAUCAGGCCUUGACUUCGAACAAAGAUCAUCUACAGGUAGUUCUGUGGGAACUGGUGUUCGUGAUGCUGCUUGCUUUGGUGUCUGGGCUAUGUCUCGAAAAUAUACAACCUCCGAGCUUCAAGCCCUUCAGCCUCAAAAGAUUCCCUCUUUCUCUGGUAAAUCAGAAGUCGGAGUUUUACAGAAGUUGGCAGUAGAGCUCGUAUGUUCUGCGUGUGUCGAUCCCUCCGGAAAUAUUCGACGUGGUGCCUCUGCAGCUCUACAAGAGCUAAUUGGACGUCAUCCCAACAUGAUAGCCGAAGGAAUUCCUCUCGUACAAGUCGUGGACUACCAUGCCGUCGCACGUCGCUCCCGAGCCAUGAUUGAUGUGGCCAAAGCAACUGCUUGUCUGGAUAUGGUUUACUGGAGUCCACUACUGGAAGCCUUGAUGGGUUGGCGGGGCAUUGGCUCGCCAGAUGCUGAAUCACGGCGACGAGCAGCAAGCUCCAUUGGAUCACUGAGCAAACUGGAAAAGUUCAAGACCAUGAGUGUGGCCCUACAGAAGCUCUCCAGUAAGCUUCCCCGUAUCCCUCGAAGUGAUGUGGAGUCACGACACGGAUGUCUCCUAUCGAUUGCCGCCACUGUUGAUGCUUAUAUCCAUGAGUGGGAUUCAUCUCCGGAGGCAAGAGAUACUCCAGAAGGAAAAGAGGUUCUUUCCCAAGUAACUGCUUUGUGGAACAUAUUCGAUUCUCCCUACAGCCCUACAGACAACGACCUUAAACUCCAGAGCUCUCGUCCUGAAUUAACAGCAGAGGCUGCAUCCCGCUUGAUUGACUCCCUUUGUCAAGCAACCAUAUCAGUUGGGGUUUCUCGACCAUCAAAGCCACUGCUUGACCGUGUUCUUGAGAUUCUAUCCCUGUGCAUCUCCCGGACUGAUGACAUUUCAAUUCAAACUUCAUCAGAUGCUCUCUCUAUCCUAUUUCCGCUCCUUUCACCGGAAAAGCAAGAUGCCACUGUGCAAUCAUGGUUUUCUUAUCUUCGGACUGCUUCAAGACUGCCCGGUGGUCGAGGACAGAUCUUAGCCCUCGGUGCAGUCUUUAAACGGCUUGGAGGGCAAGAGCAGUUACAGCAGAGUAUUGUCGCAGAGUUACUUAAAUGUGCUGGAAAGGAUGAGCUCAUUGAAAAACGAGUCAGCGCUGUGAAAUGCUUUGCUAGUGGGAUAUUGCCGCACACGGACAACCUUUCUCGUACGUACUUGCUGGGUACACAAAAGACUGCAAACAGAUACUAA